AUGAUUAGGAUAGCAAGUCAGUGCGCCAGAACUAACAGCCCCAGUGGCGCGGAUGUAGUAGCGGAGACUGCCCGCAACGAGAGAUGGAGUUUGGAUCAGUCUGAGGCAGGCUUGCGCGAACUUCGCGGCUCUGUCUUUGGUAUCCCUUUUGUGCGCUUGUUAUGUCUUGGGAUGGCCGUUACGGCUAUCAUUGUGCCCAUCGCCAUGCUCGCCAUUAUUCCAUUGUCGUUCUGCCUCGUCAUGAACGCUGUGCUAGUGCGAGCGUUCUUAUAUGAUCAGGAUCUGCACAGCCACAGGCUUACCAACCACAAGAUCAAUUUACCUUGA